UAUUAGUUUUCACAUCUUGCCCUUACCCUUUUCUGAGUAAUUUUUUUUAGCAGCGGAUAUAGCAUUGAAAUAUGGCUAAAAUUUUUAAGUUGGAGGGACAAACAGAGGUCAAGUGCAAAGCUGAUAAGUUUUUUGAGAUCUUUACCUCUAAAUCCUACCUCUUCCCAAAGAUCUGCCCUGAAAAAAUAAAGAGUGUUCAAGUUCUUGAAGGUGACUGGGCUACUAUAGGCUCUGUCAAGGUUUGGAACUAUGUACCAGGGGGUUCUGAAUCUGGCAAGGAGAGAAUUGAAGCCAUUGAUGUGGAUAACAAGUCAGUUACUUUCAACUUCUUUGAAGGAGAUGUCUUGAAGGUUUACAAGACCUUUAAGGCCACACUGCAAGUUACAAACAAGGAUGAUGCAUGUUUGAUAAAAUUGACUUUGGCUUAUGAGAAGCAACAUGAGGAUACUCCACCUCCAACCAUGUACCUGGACUUUGUGGCUAAUGUCAGUAAGGAUAUAGAGGCUUACCUCCUCAAGGCCCAAGACAAAGCCGCUGAGGAUUCUGUGUCUUAAAAACUAUGUUCUCUUGUCUUAACUAAUUUGCAGUCGUUUAAUUUGAUCAUGUCUGAAGAUUCUUAUAUCUCAAGAUUCUCACAAGAUCUGACGACUGUGAGUGAAUUAAGAUCGAGAAGUAGAAAAUUUGUGAAAUAGAGAAUCCCUGACCAAACAAAGGGCAUAUAAAUAUAUGUAUGCUAUGGAAGUAUUGGUUAACUAGUAAAAUGUAUAAUAAAGUUUGUGAAGCCAUUAUGGUGACUAUUUGCUCAGCUUGUCUGAUAAAUAAUAUGUAGUUUUGAAAUCUGUAAUUCUCCAUGCACCAGUUUUUGAAUGAUAAAAGUGUAGCCAAACUUUUUGGGCUAAAA